AUGAGGACUGCCCUGGUCUUCGCCUGUCUGGUGGGGAUGGCGUGCGCCUUCUCGGUGUUCAAGAACAGGCACCGGUAUUACCUGUACAGAUAUGCCUACGUAUAUCCCCCGCAGCAACGGUACCAGGGCAGUGACUCCUCAGAGGAAGAGGGGGACGGCUCGGAGGAGGAGCAGGAAGGGGGGGAGCCAUCCCAUGCUGGCACCGAGGCAGCUGGCUACCCCGCCGGAGCAGCCCCUGGGGACAGCCAGGGCAGGCUGGGAGGAGACGUUGCAUCCCCCCAGCAGGGCAAGGGCUGCCAAGGGCCCCUGAAGGGGGGCAGGAACAGCGCUGCUGGCAAGAGGGGUGACUCUGAAAACGAAGACAGCGACGAGAAUGAGGAGGAAGAGGAGGAGGAGGAGGAAGAAGAGGUAGCCGAGAACGAGAAUGGCAUCAACGGCACAAGCACCAACGCCACGGAGGGGGCAGAUGGACCUCACGGCAGUGAGGAGGAGGAAGAAGAGGAGGAGGAAGAAGAAGAAGAAGAAGAAGAGGAAGAGGAGGAGGAGGAGGAAACCGAAGCCACCACUGUCGCCAGCACCACUGGCAAAGAGGAGCUGUCCCAGGUGACCACCACGGGAGAUAGGGGACCCACAGACGCCACCACAGCCGGGGAGCAGUGGGAGUACGAGGUGACAGCCGGGGGACGCGGCCGGGGGGACGAGGGCACCACUGACGGCAGCUACGGGGAGCAGGACGAGUACGCCCGCGGGGACAGCUACCAGGCCUACGAGGACGAGUUCGGCUACUACAAGGGGCACGGCUAUGACGUGUACGGCCAGGAUUACUACUACAGCCAGUAA